GUCAAAACAUUUUAAAAAGUAACGUUUUGUUAUCUUGUUAGUUGUAAAAUUUCAUAGUUUAAAAAAGCCACAUUUCUUAUAAUAAGUACAAUACCAGUUAAGUAAAAAACAUGUCAAGUUUAUUAGCGGAAGUUUUGUCCUCCGCCGAGAAGGUGGAAAUGCAAGAAAUCAAAACAAAAGUGCCCGAAUUACAAACAAUGAUGCGAAAUUGCAAAGAAAACAUACUGAAAUAUGUGGACGAUACGUACGCCAAAAUGAGCCACUUUCCGCAACAAAACGCCGAUCUGUUGUACAAAGCAAGGAAGGCGCACGUUGAAAUGGACGAACUUAAACAGACCAUUGAGGGGUUGAAGAAAAAUGAUUUGGUGCAGGCGUCUGCUGAAAUAAAAAAUCUGGAGGAGGAGCUGAAAAUGGUCCAGUUGGAGGUGCAGCUAGUUUUGCCCUUGUGUGAGAUCAAUGAGGAUCUGUUGGCAUUCGAUGGCUUUCUGGUCACAAAAUCUUAUGUUAAAUGCAUGGAACUGGUAAAAAAGAUGCUUGCUAUGAUUAAUUCUGUGCCAGAUAAUGAGUGCUUGGAUGCCUUAAUUGAAUUAAACAGUAUCAUAUGGACAAAAAGGGAACAACUCUUUGGUGAAUUGCAUGAUGUAUUUACUGACAGUGUCAUAACAACUAGUGAUGACAAUAAAAUUGUACUAAAAAUUAAGCAAAACAACACUGAACUUGAAGAGGCACUCACAGCAUUGUACAUAGAAAAUAACUCAAAAAUUUAUUUGUUACAGAAGUUUGUCAUAUUUUUGAGAGAUGAAGUAUUAAUUGCCUUAAUUGAUUAUGUGACUCAAAUAAAUAUUCAAAAUGAUAUGUCAUUUAAUAUAUUAGAAAUAGAGAAGAAGGCAAAAAAACCAGACACUUACAACAAUGUUUUCAAAAGGAUUGAAUGUUUUAUACAGUUCUUGUUUGAACAUUUUAAUUUGGAAUUGGAUUCAAAUACAACCACAACCUCAUAUAUUGGCACAAACUUGAGAGACCGUUUAUCAGAAUUACUUAUAAAUAAUUGUUUGGAAAGAACCAUACCAUCAACAAUGGAAGGACUUGAAGAAUAUAAUGUUGUAAUUAAAGAUACAGAACAACUACAGAAAACUUUAGUUAAGUAUAAUAUCUUUGAUGAAAACACAAUGUCAAUACAGGACUAUGCCAACAACAUAAAUGUUUUAUUCAUCAACAAGAAGUGCCUGGAAUACAGCAAAUUGGCAGAGUCAAUUAUGAAAAAGGAUCUUCAUGACAUGACAGAAGUGGGAGUGCCUUAUGAUCCAAAUAAUCCAUCAGGAUAUGACCCUGCAUCUUUCCACCAAUGCAGUGUUUCCAAAAGUGUCAUUGAACUAUGUACUCUUUGUGAGAAGAUCAUGGAGAGAGCCAUUGAUUCCAGUGAGGUGUUCUGUGGGCCUUUAGUCUGCACAGCACAGAACAUUGUCUAUAAAUAUGGCAGCUUUGUUUCAGAGUAUCAUAAAAGACUCCUUCAAACAAUUCCACAACAGAUUGCUUUGUUUUACAAUAACUGUGACUACUUGUCUCAUGAAUCAUCCAUAUGGAAUUCCAAAUAUGGUGAACAACUGAGGAGUACAUUAAAUCUUUCAAAGAUUUUUGACAACAUGAAGCUAAUGACAAUUGCCACUUCCUCAUUUACUACUUAUGUAGAGAGUCAAAUUGCCCAGAUUAAUGAGAUUAUGAAGGAUGCAGGCUUGACAGGCAAGAGUUUGAGUAAACUGGAACCUGUUACAGAAAAAUGUGUGAGGCAAUGUUUGAGGCAACAAGAACUGCUUAAGACAGUUUGGUCAAAAGUUUUGUCUUAUACAGAAUAUAACAGAACAUUGGGAGUUAUAUUUAGCUCAUUAUGUGAGUUUAUUGUCAAUGCAGUUGUUAAAUUUGAGGAUAUUCCUUCAGAUGUGGCAGAACAAUUGGUGGAAAUAAUAAAAAUAAUCCUUAAUAGAGGUCCCAAAUUGUUUACAGAUCCCAAUGAAAUUAGUCUUUAUGUGGAAAGCUGGCAUCGCUUGAAUGAACUGAACUUUGUGCUGGGUGCCAGUUUGAUUGGCAUAACAGACAGAUGGGCGGAUGGAAAAGGAGUUUUGGCGUUGUAUUUUAAAACGGCGGAAAUGAGGCAAUUAAUCAGGGCUUUGUUCCAGAAUACAGAUAAGAGAGCCGCAGUUUUGUUAAAAUUUCAAGAUAAAUAUAGUGAUAAUGUUUAAUUUAUAUUUUUUAUAUAUAUUUUAAUUUAAUAAAAACUUUUUUAUACUAA